AUGACCGAUCAAUUACUGGCCACGCAGCAGAUGCAGCUACACUCAGUGGCUCGAGCGCUCUCGAACUUCAAAAAGGUUGGCAAGAACAACUACACGCCAGCGCUGAUUCGAGCUCGAUUAACUGGAUUGAAGGAAGUCUGGUCACAGUGCGCGGCCACCCACGCUGCGCUACUACAUGCAGUUCCAACCGCCAAACGGACGGGCCUCAGCUACUUCGACAACACGGAGUUCGACGAUCACGAGGAGAUAUUCCAGAGGGCAGCGGACUACAUGACGGAAUGCCUCGAGGAGCUGGAGCCCCCUCUCAACUCAACACCAUUGGUAAGUCCUCCGGCGUACGGUAAUCCGUCUGCGUUACUUUCCUUGUCGCAUUUACCGCCUAUCAAUAUACCGCCGUUCUCGGGAAGCCAUGAGGAUUGGGAGAGCUUUCGCGAUCGAUUCACGUCGCUCAUAAUUAAAAACCCGGAGUUAACUCCAUUUUCACGCAUGCAUUACUUAGCGUCUAGUCUCUCCGGGCGCGCUCUCGAGUCGAUACGAACGGUUCCAGUCACCGCGGAUAAUUUUGAAGUGGCUUGGCGAUUGCUAGUCUCGCGGUACGAUAAUAAACGGCGAUUGGUCGGCGUGCAUGUCUCCGCGCUGUGUAACUUGCCGAGCGUCACGCGCGAAUCAGCUAUCGAACUUCGCGAGCUGCAGGAUAAAGCCAAUCGAGCUAUUGCAUCGCUUCGGAAUCUCCACCGUUCAUCGGACGAAAUGUUGAGCGACGUCUUAGUGCAUCUCGUCACUCAGCGGCUUGAUCACGCUACGCACAAAGCGUGGCGAUUGAAAGGAGGCGAUGAGUCUGCGAUUCCGAGGUACGACGACUUAGAUCGAUUUCUCUCCGCGCGCGUGCGAGCCUUGGAAGAACUCACGCCUCAUAACUCCGCCAGGCCCGCACGGUCUUCGAAAUCCGCGUCUAUAAACGCCGCCACCACGUCUCAAGUUUCGUGUCCGAUCUGUAAAGCGUCUCAUUACCUGACUAAAUGUCCGCAAUUUGUUAAGAAGAGCCCGAGUCAACGCAUGGAGUUUAUUAAGCAGCACCACAGGUGCAUUAAUUGCCUCAGUGCGAAACACGCUCUGUCUUCAUGUCCAAGUCAAUACACUUGUCGUCAAUGCCAGAAACGGCAUCAUUCAUUGCUCCAUGUUGACUCGGUCUCAUGCGCUGCCACAACGGCAACAUCGACUGAACCGAACACGCAAGCGGAAACGGGGGAUGGUUGCGAGGCGGUCGCGUUGGUUGCCUCAAACAAAUCAUUGCCUCGAGCUCCGGUGCUUUUGGCGACAGCACGAGUCACAGUUCGUUCACCAGCGGGCCGCGAUGCAAACGUCCGAGCGUUGCUCGACACGGGAUCUGAAAUCACCUUCAUUUCCGCCCGGCUCGCGCAAACUUUAAGACUGCGUCGCCUCCGCGAUCCAUUGUCGCUCUCAGGCAUCGGAGGCCUCGAGGCCGGCAACUGCAGGUUUGCCGCUCAUAUCAUAAUCUUGCCGCCACGUCAAACCGAGCCGCGUCUCGCGGUCACCGCGGCAAUCUUACCGUCUCUCGCUGAUUACUCGUCGAGGCUCGAUCGAGCUGGGUUCAACUGGGACCAUCUAGCGGAUCUCGAGUUGGCAGAUCCGCAUUUCACUAACUCUGAUCCCAUUGAGCUUCUCAUCGGCGCCGAUAUCUAUGGCGAGAUAUUUCUUGGCGAGAUACGGAAGGGAGCACGCGGGCAGCCCUAUGCGUUGAGGACAAUUUUUGGAUGGGCCUUAUCCGGCCCUACACAGGUGUCGAAUCCGGCCCGCCGAGCAAUUACUGUUCAACAUUGUUCGGACUCAACGUCGCUUGCGCUCGAUCGCGAAUUGAGAAGAUUUUGGGAGAUCGAGGAGGUUCCGCGACAGACUGUGCUCAGCUCGGAGGAGCAACGAUGCGAGAAUCACUUUGUUGCUACUCACGCGCGUUGUUCCGACGGCCGAUACACUGUGCGCCUCCCAUUCAAGAGUGGUCCUCCCAUCACUGUCGGUCGGUCUCGCGAUAUCGCUGAGCGAUGCUUAAAAAGUUUAUUUCGCCGUUUUAAAGUUAACGCCGCUCUCAAACAAGAAUAUUCAAAUUUCAUGCGGGAAUACGAAGCGCUAGGACACAUGCGAAAAGCAUUGCCCCUCUCAGAGUCUUCUCAGUGCGUGUAUAUCCCCCACCAUCCCGUCUUUCGCGACGGCAGUGCGACCACGCAUUUGCGCGUGGUAUUCAAUGCGUCGAGUCUCACGUCAAGCGGGAAAUCGCUCAAUGACCAUCUGCUUCCCGGACCGAAAUUGCAGACGGAUCUAGCGGCGGUUGUAAUGCGAUGGCGACAGUUUCGCUACGUGUACUCGGCCGACGUCGCCAAGAUGUAUAGGCAGAUCGUCGUUGAUUCGCGUGACGUCGAUUAUCAGCGCAUCUUAUGGGUGGACGGUGAGACGGAGCGCGUGCAGGAUUAUCAGCUCCUGACCGUGACGUAUGGCACAGCGUCAGCGCCGUUUUUAGCGCUGCGAGUGCUGCGCCAGUUGGUUUGCGACGAGGGACAUUCUUUCCCGUUAGCCGUCCCGGUUCUGACGGAUAACAUUUAUGUUGACGACGUCCUGUUCGGCGCCGACGAUGUCCCUCUCCUUCGACGAGUGCGCGACCAAGUAUGCUCGUUACUCCGCUGUGGCCAAUUCAAUUUGCGCAAGUGGUCCAGCAAUUCGUCGGCUCUUCUGAGCGACAUUGACGACCGCGAUCACGGCCUAGCCUGCAGCAAAGACCUGCAACCUGGCGAGAAGGUGAAGGUCCUCGGAAUCUGCUGGCAUCCCGCAGAGGACGUGUUUAAGUUCCGCGUGUCCUGUCCUCCCUCUGUCUCGAUCACGAAGAGAUCGAUUCUCUCAAAUGUCGCGCGGAUUUUCGAUCCGUUGGGGUGGAGUACUCCGGUCACAAUUACGGCAAAAUUAUUUCUUCAACGACUAUGGCAAUCGCGGCUCGAUUGGGAUGACCAGUUUCCCGCCGACCUUGCGAAGGAAUGGGAGGUUGUUCGAGCGUCGCUCCUGGCGCUCGACGGCCUUCAGCUGGAUCGAUGGGUUCGACGCGGAUCGGGGACGACGGCUUACGAGCUGCACGGAUUCGCGGACGCGUCCUCCCAGGCGUAUGCAGCCGUAGUUUAUCUGCGGCUCCUUUCGAACUCCGGCGAGAUCUCCUCGAUGCUCCUCGUCGGAAAGUCCAAGGUCGCUCCCGUAAAAACAUUGAGUGUUCCACGCUUGGAGCUCUCAGCGGCGGUGCUGCUCUCCAGAUUGAUGAACUUCGUGAUCGCGUCUCUUCAUGUUCCGGAGGUUCCGUGCUACUGCUGGACGGACUCUACGGUCGUCCUUGCGUGGAUUGCGCAGCAUCCGUCGAGGUGGCGAACGUUCGUUGCCAAUCGCGUCGCGAAAAUUCAGACCCGACUUCCCUCCGCUGUUUGGAGGCACGUGCCCACCACCGAUAACUCCGCCGACUGCGCGUCUCGCGGAAUUCCCGGACACCAGCUCGCAUCACAUCCCCUUUGGUGGCAUGGUCCGGCGUGGCUUAGGCUUCCGAGCUCCGAGUGGCCCAUUGUCGGUCCUCCCCCUGAGACCUCAAUGGAGCAUAAUCUGAGGACGUGUGCUCUCGUCGCUAUGCCGGACGAUAAUGGAGUGUGGGACCUCGCCGCGCGCUACUCGUCUUGGUCAAGGUUAAUGCGCAUUACCGCAUACGUCAUGCGAUUUAUCUCGCGUGCUCGCGGACAUGGGGCUGUACCGGCCGAGAACGUUGAGACUCCUUCGUCCCUGACAGUCCGCGAACUUCGACGUGCGACGAACUUUUGGGUGACAACCAUUCAAUCGGCGCUAUUCGCGAGCGAACUGGCCGCGCUUCAAAAGGGGGACGCACUUCCGGUGAAAAGUGUACUUCUGCCUCUCGCUCCGUACUUGGACGAAGACGGAAUAAUUCGCGUUGGCGGGCGGUUGUCGCGGGCGUCCAUCCCGACCCGCUCUAAGCACCCGAUCGUCCUCGUUUCUCAUCCCCUCGUCCGACUUCUCAUACGGGAUAUCCAUCUGAGAUAUCUCCACGCAGGCACGCAGCUUACGUUGGCUACCUUACGGCGAAAUUUCUGGGUAAUCCGAGCUCGCAGUGCAGUCAGAGCGGUCAUCCAUCAGUGUGUGGCGUGCACUCGCGAGCGAGCUGCCGUCCCGACACAGCAAAUGGGGACCCUCCCUCAAGUAAGAGUCUCUCCUCCCGCGCGUGCAUUUCUUCACAGCGGAGUGGAUUACGCCGGUCCGAUAUUUAUCAAAGCAAGGUCUGGCCGCGGAGUAACUUCCCGAAAAGCAUAUAUCGCCAUAUUCGUGUGUCUAGCAACGCGCGCGAUACAUCUAGAGUUGGUCGAGGGAUAUGCCACUCCGGCAUUUUUGGGAGCUUACUCGCGAUUUGUGGCUCGAAGGGGUCUCCCGACGUCGAUGUAUUCCGACAACGGGACCACCUUCGUCGGGGCUGAUCGCGAACUGACCGCCGCGUUUCGGGCGGCACUUCGCGAUCCCACCUUCUUGAACAGGACGGCCUCGGACAAUGUCGGGUGGCAUUUUCUGCCUCCUUCUGCCCCUCACUUCGGCGGCUUAUGGGAGGCUGGUGUGAGAAGCGUAAAAUACCAUAUUCGCCGAGUGGUGGGAGCGCAUACGCUGACAUUUGAGGAGUUUUGCACGCUCCUUUGCAAUGUCGAGGCAUGCCUCAAUUCCAGACCGAUAGCGCCGCUCUUCGAUUCGCUUGACUCCUUUGAUCCGCUGACUCCAGGGCACUUUCUUAUUGGAGCUGCGCUCAACGCGAGUCCGGAACCGUCCCUGCUGCAGGUAAAAGAGAAUCGCCUAUCUCGGUGGCAGCUGGUUCGGCAGCUCACUGAGCGCAUUUGGAAGUUGUGGCAGAGCGACUAUAUUAACACGCUGCAGCAGCGGGGAAAAUGGCGACGUAAGCAGCCGAACCUUCAAGUGGGGCAGCUGGUUUUGCUUCGCAACCCACAGCUCCCACCUUGCAAGUGGGAGCUCGGCCGCGUUGUGCGGUGUCACCCGGGUCUCGACGAAUUGGUUCGCGUUGUGACGGUCAAAACGGCGUCGUCCGAGUACAAGCGUCCGAUCGGCAAAUUAUGCGUCUUGCCGAUCGACAUUGAGCGUGCGGCGAGCGCUGAACAGUAG